AUGCCGCUAGCCUGUGCACGCUCCUUCCUCUUUAGAGUGCUGCUGCUGUACACACUCUGCCUGCAGCCGGAAGCCUCCCUAUGCCUGCCCUCCUUCCGGCUGGGCCAUCCGAGCACGGCCGAGCACACCCACUCGCUGCCGCCGCUCGGCCCUCACCUGCCGUGCCGCCGCCGCCGCCUGGCCACCCACCACCACAGCUACAGCCAAGCGACGAGCAACACGGACACCGACGAUGCUGGGUUUGAGGAUGAAAACGGGCCGCCAGAGGGGGCUGCCAGCAGGGAUGGCGGCGGCGGCGCAACUACCGCCGCUGCGGCGAGCCUAGCGGCACCUGCGGAGCUACGUGGCGGCGUUCUUUCCAGCGGCGACGACGAGGGGCGGUGGCACGAUGCCAUGCACCGCGCCCUGAUGGAAUCGUUGCAGCCGCCGCGCUCGGAGCACCCCACCUGGUGGGGCAAGCGCUUCCACAACCUGCAGUGCCGCAUGGCUGAGGUGUUGGAAAGUCGGGAGGCUCAUUAUGCAGUCAUCGGGCUGGUACUGCUUGAUCUCGCCAUCGUGCUCACAGAGCUGGUGCUCUCCUCCUUCUACCCCUCCCCCGAGCUGGCGCCGCACCUGGUGCAUGUGGCGGAGGAAGCGCUGUCCUACACCUCCAUCGGCAUCCUGGCCAUGUUCAAUGCUGAGCUGCUGGCCAAGCUGCUGGUCUUUGGCUUCAAGUACUUCACACACUCCAGCUGGCACAUGUUUGAUGCGGUCAUCGUGGUGAUCUCCUUCACCCUGGAGCUCAGCCUGCGGGGCGUGGCACAGGAGGUCGCCUCCCUCCUCAUCUUCUUCCGCCUGUGGCGCAUCAUGCGCAUCAUGCACGGCGUGGCCGAGGCCAUGGAGCUCAACCACAGCCAGGAGCUGAGCGGGCUGCAGGCGCGGGUGGUGCACCUCGAGUCGGAGCUGUCUGUGAGCCAGCAGAGGGUGGAGGAGCUCGGCCAGCAGGUGGGGCUGCUGAAUGUGGCGGCGGCGGCCAAGGGCCUCGACCUGCAGUUCAUCCUGUCCACCGCCGCGUCCCAGCAGCAGCAGCUGGCGGCCACCGCGCAGCAGCAGCUGCUGGCGGCGGCUGCGGCCACCGCCUCCAAGGGCAUGGAGCUGCAGACGAUCCUGGCGGCGGCCGCAGCGCAGCAGCAGCAGGUGGCGGCCGCCGCGCAGCAGCAGCUGCUGGCCGCGGCGGCGGCGGCGGCGGCGGCUGGGGCGCCGCCUCCUGCGCCCCACUCCCCGCAAGACAGGGCUGCCGCCGUGACGAUUGCCUCGUCGACGGCGGCAGCGGCGGCGGCCAUGCCUCUGCUGAAUGGCGGCACCCCAUUGGGGCAGCCGGCGCAGCAGCACCAAGACGGACUGCCUGGCAGCCAGCGCAGCGGGCACUCCAGCGACCCUGCCGCGGCAGACGGCACUGGCUGA